AUGUCACCUUCUACACACACACCACACCACACCUCAACACCUACUUCCACCACCAUGCCUUCUGGAGAGGGAUACAGCUACAAGAGCUCCGGCACAAACAGCCAGGGAAAUCACUACUGUGCCCGUGACUACGGCGCCAAUGUCUCAAACUCCAACAGUUACCACUACUCCAACAGUUACCACUACUCCAACACUGACGGCUCCUACUACUACUCGAACCCCAAUGGAAGCACCUAUUACAACAAUGACAAAGGGGAUUCGGUUUACACUCUUCCUGCUUCCAAGUCCAACUCCGGAUCUUCUGAGUGGCAGUAG